CGCAUAGUCAAGAUGGGUUACCACUAAUCAUUAAAUAUGUUCAUGUACAAUGUAAAUAAAAUUAUAUGGACGUGGGACCCAUGCCACUCAUGCAAGGAUAGGAUUGAAUCCCCACCAUCCAAUAAUAGCCAAGUCAGAGACUCAUCCUCCGAACCCCUCCCCUUCCCCAACUUCACUCCUACAUAAACGCCUCCCCUCCAACCAACACUCAUCGUCUUCUUCAUCUCUUCUCCUUCCUUCCCAUAAUUGCUAUAAAAAAGCACAAUCCUUCAUUCAAUUAAGAAUCUUUCGAUACACAGAUCGAGAUAGUACCAAUAAAACCUCAUGGAGGAAGAGCAAGCAUUGAUACCUGGCCUCCCCGACGACAUAGCCUUAGACUGCAUCGCGAGAGUACCGCACCGCUUCCUCCCCGGUCUUCGACCAAUCUGUCGCCGUUGGCGAGAUCUAGUGACAUCCCCAUCUUUCCGCCACCAUCGUGAGCGGAUCGGCUCGGCAGAAGACCUGAUCUUCCUGGUCCAAGCCCUUGGCGGCGGAGCAACCAUAGCCGGCGACGCCAAGGAUCCAAUCAAGCCAUCCAUCGCCGCAGAUCUCCGUCCUCCAGUGUACUCCCUAUCCAUCUACGUCGCCACAGACGGUUCAUGGCACCGAUUGUCUUUGCCGGAACCCAUUCCGAUGUUCGCCCAGUGCGUAGCUGUCGAAGGGAAGCUGGUCCUCGUCGGCGGAUGGGAUCCCGUGACUCUCGACCCCGUUCCAGAUGUGCGGAUUGUAGAUCUGGUCACCGGGGAGUGGAGAAUAGGCCGGCCCAUGGCAACCGCGCGUUCGUUUUUCGCGUGCGCGGCUUUGGGCGGUAGGGUAUACGUGGCCGGUGGGCAUGACGGGUUAAAGAACGCGCUGCGGACUGCGGAGGUUUACGAUGUGGAGGCGGACGAGUGGGCGGCGAUACCGGCGAUGGUGGAGGAGAGAGACGAAAGUCAGGGAGUAGUAAUUGAGGGGAGAUUCUGGGCAGUAAGUGGAUACGGAACGGAGAGGCAGGGGAGGUUUACGGAUUCGGCUGAGUGGUUUGAUCCGGAAAAGGGGGUUUGGCGGAGUGAGGAAGGGGUGUGGUCGGAGGAAGGUGGAUCGGCUGCGUGCUUUGCCGGAGGUGAGAGACUAUGGUGCGUGGGGCGGAGAGGGGCGAAAGAAUACAGGGGAGGGAGUGUGUGGAAGGAGGCAGUGCAGCCGCCGGAGGGGAUGAAGGGGAGCACGUGCGCGGCGAUGAUGGGAGGCGGAAGGGUUUUCGUGAUGGGGGCUGCCGGAGAAGGCGGAGGCGUUGCGGGAUCGAGCGGCGGGUAUUGUAGCUGGGUUCUGGAGAUUGCGGGAGGGCAGUGGAUAAGGACGGAGACGCCGGCGAUCUUUUCAGGGUUCGCGUACUCCGCUGCCGCUGUCCGUAUGUGAGUCUGGUCACCGACUAGGUAAUCAGCGUCACCUCUAAUUAAGAUAAUGAGGCGUUAUUAGUUUAGUGCAAUAAUGUUAUCCGUAGUGAUGAAAGAGCCGAUGACGGAUAUAUGUACAGUUUUUGUAUUAAAAUAUUAUAUUAUAUGGGUUAUGUGUUGCUUCUA